UCACGUGGAGGGUGCUGCUCUAAUGGCAGUUGCACAAGACAAACAAUGGUCAUUUACAAUCUCCUCUAAUCUCUUCCCAGCCAAUUAUCAUUUAUCUCCCACGUGAUACUACUCCUUGUAGUUGUCCCACCCAAAUCACCCUACCUCUCUUGCUCUAUAUUCCACUUUAUUUUCAUUCAUCUGCACUGCGUGUGUGAUCAUCUUCAUAACAUUGAUUUGCACUAGCUACUUCAUUCUCUCAUCCUACACAUCAAUACAAAAUCUUGUUACCUGCACACUACUAAUUAAGAGAUAGCAUACCUAGUUUAAUUUAUGUAAUGGCAGCCCCAUCAUCAUCUUCUUCGUCAUCUUCUUCCUCUUCUUCUGCUUCAUACAUUCAUAUGGUGCAGCACUUGAUUGAAAAGUGUUUGAUCUUUAACAUGAGCAAGGAAGAAUGCAUGGAAGCCCUCUCUAAACACGCAAAGAUCAAUCCUAUUAUAACAUCUACUGUGUGGAAUGAGUUAGAGAAGGAGAACAAGGAAUUUUUUGAGCCUUACAACAUGAAGUUUAAGAGUUCUAAAGACGACAUAAUGUCUGAGGAAGAGACAACUCAGAUGAUACAAAAGAUGAUUUCAGAGUCAGAUUCAUCCUCUAAAGAUGAUGUACAAGACAACUAACCAACCAUUGAAAACGAACGAACGAUCUUGCUAGCUAUAGUUUGGAUACUUUAGUCCCACACAUUAUGCAACCAGCCAAAAACACAAAGGAAAGGUUCACCGCAUCCUACUACCUAUCACUAGUUUCAAACUAGUGUGGAUGCUUAAUUGUUAUCACUUAUCAUGUAAGUAACAAAAUGCCACACUGUAAUUUGAUCUCAUAGUGUGUGCGCAUGUAUAAGUAUAUACAUAUGUGUGUGUGGGAAGAAAACAUCAUGUUCUCAUGUAAUUAUAUAACAUCAUGUAUGUUUAAAUCAGUUCCUCUUUAUGAAACUCAUAAAUUACUCACAUAUAAAAUUUCUCCAAAAUUUAUUUUAACUGUAAAAUCUAUUGUAGAAGGGUUUUCAAACAUGUCCU